AUGGUUGAGGCUUCUGAUACACCACUUCAAAAACUUUCUCUUACUCACCUUCGUGAGAGAGCAAUAUUAUAUUUUAUCAUAAGAAUAAAGUUUUUUAAUAUAAAUUUUAUAAGAACAUUUUUCUCUGAAAAUUACACAUAUAAAUUUUUUUUUUCAAAUUUACAAAAAUUUGAAAGGGAAAUACUAAUUUAAUUUAGAAAUUUAUUUUUUAUUUUUAUUAUAAUUGAACAGAACUGGCUAGAGAUUUCAUUAUAAUAAUUAUUAAAGUAAAUUUGGCAAAAGAAUUUUCAUUCUCAAGAAGAGCUUUUCUAAUGGCUUUGCUUGCUUAUUAAAGAGGCGAAGUCAGCAUAAAAGCGAGAGAUUUAAAGCGAAUUGACACUCUCUCACAAACAAGUGCUCUUUGCAAAGUAUAUUUAAUAGGCCCUUCAGGCGAUUCUAUAAUUGAGCAAGGCUCUACAGAAAUCUGCCCAGACAGCCAAAACCCUGAUUGGACUCAAUUUAUCGAAGUUCCCUUUAUUUUUGAGAGUCCUCAGCAACUAAAGUUUACAAUUUAUAACAAAAGCGACGAUAAUCUGCAUGAAGUUGGAUCAGCCACUGUCCCUAUAUCAUGCUUACCCUCAAUAUACAACUUUUGUUCGCUCAUGGAAAAUGGUUAAUUUGCUUUUAUUAAAAGAUUUAUACAUAAUUUUUAAAGUAAAAAAUUUUUCUCAAAAAAAUCCCAAUUCAAAAUAAUUUUAAAGCAAAUAUUUAUUUGUAAAAUUUAUUUUUUAAAAGCAAGCUGUUAGUAAAUUAAACUAGAGAUUUCAUUAUAAUAAUUAUCACUUAAAAUAUUUUUCCAAUAACAAUGUUUUGCUCACUCUCAGGGGCUGGGUUUUAUCCAAAAUAGGAAUUUUUCAAAUGGGUUUUGUUCUCUAACUGAGGGGGAAUUAGCAGGUAAUAAAACAAUCAACAUCGACCUUGAGCAAGGGGAUGAGCCAAAAGGACUUUUAAUGGUGAUUAGCGAGGAGGUGAAGAGCACUGGAGAGUAUUACACCCUGCAAUUCGGCUUGCAUGAUUUAGCAGAAAUUAAUACACCCUUUAGAAGUCUUUAUAUCUCAUUAAUGAGACUGAGACCAGGGAAAGAUUACAUAAGAGCAUAUAGAAGUGAGCUUUUAGAAUACAGUGAAAAUAUCGUAUGGAGUCCUUUUACCAUAAGGUCUCAGCAUUUAUGCGGAAAUCAAGAAAGGUCGCCCUUGAAGAUAGAAGUUAUCAAUUAUUCCCCUGACACAAAGAGAAGUCAAAUUAUUGGCUCAGGGUUUACAAAUCUAGUUGAUUUAAGAAGUGGAAAAUCAGUUGUGCUAAAUAAUAACAACGUAAAAGCAGGUGUUGCUGAUAUUGUUGCGUGUCAGUCAUUUGUAAAAAGUGACUCAACAAGCACAUUUUUGGAUUAUUUAAGGGCAGGCACACAAGUAAAUGUUGUAGUGGCUAUUGAUUUCACAGCUUCAAAUGGGAAGGCAACAAAUCCUAGAAGCCUUCAUUAUAUAAACCCAACUAAGCCAAAUGAAUAUGAGCAAGCAAUUCGAUCAGUCUGCUCUAUAUUAGAAAAUUAUGACAGUGACAAAAAUUACCCUGUUUUUGGCUUUGGAGGGAUUUUUGAUGAUUCUGGGGAGCCUAAUCAUUGUUUCCCAUUAAAUAAGCGUCCAGAAAACCCAGAAGUGCAUGGUGUGGAUGGGAUUAUUGAAGUCUACCAAAAUAUAUUGAAAACUUGUUAUCUAAAUGCUCCAACUAACAUGGAGCCAUUAGCAUUAACAUUACUUAGAGUAUUUAACGUGUUUAUCCAACUUCACAGAGUGAUUUAACAAAGCCAUAAGGGCUCACCCCAGUAGACACCAAUUGGUGAUGUCACCUAGUAUUUCAGACGUCACCCUUUUUAUCGGGUCGAGAACAUCCUAAGCAAGUGACAGCCGAUUGGCUGCCAGAUCUCACGCGCUGCGUUUGUCUCACUCAAAACUUGACUCCUGAGCGUUGUGCCGCCUAUGGAUCUCCCUCCUUGGAGUGUCAAGCAGUAAAACCCUGUGCCCACCAAGCACCAGGAUCAGUGCACCCUUCUCUGUUGCUUGCCUGAUGUAGUUGGAUAAGGUAUCACCGGGAAACUGAAGCCUAUAAUAAUAAAAAUUGCUAAUGGAAAGAAAAUUCCGGAGAUGAAUUUCCUUAACUACGUCAUUUUAUUAUUAUUAUUAACAUGGAGCCAGUCAUAAGAAAGGUCAAAGAAAUUGCUGAAAGAAAAUCUCCACUUGAAGCUUACUGAAUUUUAUUAAUUUUGACUGAUGGAGAUAUAUCAGAUUUAGACGAGACCAAAGCAGCAAUAAUUGAUGCCUCAGUUUUGCCUUUAAGCAUUAUUAUUGUAGGGGUCGGAGGAGCAGAAUUUCAAAGUAUGAUUGAGCUUGAUGGAGACCAAAUACCAUUGACGGAUUCUGAAGGGAGGGUAACAAAGCGAGAUAUCGUCCAGUUUUUACCUUUCAGACAAUUCAAAGAUAACCCAGAAGAGCUUGCCAGAGAAGUCUUAUAUGAAGUCCCUGCACAAAUUGAGAGCUUUAUGGAUGAGAAUGGGCUUCUGCCAAAAUCUGAAAGCUAA